CAUAAAAGGAAACGAAAACAGAUGAGGCGCAGGAUAUCGAGCGUGAGCCCUGCUCACGUUAGAAAUUAGAAAGAAUCGUCGACUUCGAGGCCCUUCCUCCGCAAGCUACCCCUAACUACGAUCGUCGACCGAGAUAAAAGCCUAGAAAUAAAUCGGGAGGGAGUCGACUCAGGAAUUGCUCGUUCGUUGAAUCUAGGGUUUCUGAGGAUUGAAUUUCUGUUGAAGACUGGAAUCACAAAAUUCGGUGGGAAAUCGGGAUUUAUUGGUCGCCGGUUCGAUCGGUUGGUAGGUACACAGAUAUAUACAUACAACGGGUGACUCUUGACUAAGGACGUGGCAAUAAAUGAAAGAAGAAGAGGAGGAUAGAGUUCUGCUAAGCAGCUUGGGUGUCACAUCUGCAAACCCGGAAGAUAUUGAACGCCAUAUAUUAGCAAAGGCAAGAAAUAAUGCUGGGGACAGUAGUGAACCUGGAGGAAGCAGGGAGGAGGAACUUCUUGGCUGUUCAGAAAACAAUGAAUUGCCGUCCACCAACCAUGCAGAACUAUAUAGCAAAUUAAGGGCUGUUAAAAUAGAAAUAGACGCUGUUGCAUCUAGUGUUGAACAGGUCAAGAACUUUGCAAGUAUUGAAAAUCACGUCUCUGAUGGCGAUGAUGGCUGGGGAAAAGAAGAUGAGGAGGAUGAUAAGAGUGCUGUCCAGGUUUCGCAUAAUAAUUUAACCCUCCAGCAGGCAUUGGCAACUGAGAGACUGAGAAGCCUGAAGAAAACUAAGGGUCAGCUUGAGAAAGAAAUUUCAAACUUGUGCAAGAACAGCCCUUCCAAGCUCAAUAAACAUGAUAGAGUGAUACAAGAACUUGUUAAAGAAGAACCAAGGCUGAAAUCAAGGUUGAAACAAGUUCAGAAGCCAAGCAAGAAUUCAAAAAAGCGUCAGAAAAUAGUUUCAUUUGAUGAAGAUGGAGAUUUUGACGCAGUGUUAAAUUCAGCAUCUGCUGGAUUUAUUGAAACAGAAAGGGAUGAGUUAGUGAGGAAAGGAAUUUUAACCCCCUUUCACAAGCUUAAGGGUUUUGAGCGUCGCAUUCAAACAGCUGGGCCAUCUGACAGACACAAUGUAAGUGAAGAGGAUAACAAGAGUGAUGAUCUUGCUUCCACCAGUAUAGCUAGAGCUGUGCAGUCUAUGUCAGAGGCUGCGCAAGCUCGUCCCACAACUAAGCUUCUCAAUUCAGAAUCCUUGCCAAAACUUGAAGCACCCACUCAUCCUUUUCAACGACUAAGAACACCUUUGAAGGUUCCUCGAUCACCUGAAAAGGAGACUGAUACGAACAAAGGCACAUUAAGGAAAAGGAAAAGACCAUUGCCUGGAAAGAAAUGGAGAAAGUUGGCUUCUAACGAGGGAAAUGAUCUGGACCAAUCUGAUGCAAAUGGUGAUGUGGCAACCUCCAGUUAUGAACAAGAAGACCAGGAGAAUGGUGAAGAUGUGGAUGGUAGUGAACCUCCUUUCGUGACACUUGAAGGUGGGCUGAAAAUCCCUGAAAGCGUUUUCAGCAAACUUUUUGACUACCAAAAGGUGGGGGUACAAUGGUUAUGGGAACUCCAUUGCCAAAGAGCUGGUGGGAUCAUUGGAGAUGAGAUGGGCCUUGGUAAAACAAUCCAGGUCUUAUCUUUUCUUGGAGCAUUGCACUUCAGUAAUUUGUACAAACCAAGCAUAAUUGUUUGCCCUGUUACACUCUUGCGUCAAUGGAAGAGGGAAGCGCAAAAGUGGUAUCCAAACUUUCAUGUGGAGUUACUUCACGAUUCUGCUCAGGAUCCAACUGUUAGAAAGAAGCGAUCCGAAUCUUGUGAAAGUGACUAUGAAAGUGAAGAUGUAGUUGACAGUGAUAGUGAACAAAAUUUGCGGUCAAAAAAAAGAAAGAAAUGGGAUUCCUUGAUAAAUUGUGUUCUGAGAUCACAAUCGGGGUUGCUGAUUACCACUUAUGAGCAACUACGUUUGCUAGGGGGAAAACUCCUUGACAUUGAAUGGGGUUAUGCAGUACUAGACGAAGGACACCGUAUUCGGAAUCCAAAUGCCGAAGUUACUUUAGUUUGCAAACAGCUGCAGACAGUUCAUCGCAUAAUAAUGACUGGUGCACCAAUUCAGAACAAGCUUGCUGAAUUGUGGUCAUUGUUUGAUUUUGUUUUCCCUGGAAAGUUGGGGGUCCUCCCUGUAUUUGAGUCUGAAUUUGCAGUUCCCAUAUCUGUUGGUGGCUAUGCUAACGCUUCACCCUUGCAAGUAUCCACAGCUUACAGAUGUGCAGUGGUUUUGCGUGACUUGGUCAUGCCUUACCUCCUCCGGAGAAUGAAGGCUGAUGUGAAUGCACAACUUACAAAGAAGACUGAACAUGUCCUCUUUUGUAGCCUGACUCCAGAGCAGCGAUCUGUGUACAGAGCAUUUCUUGCUAGCUCUGAUGUAGAACAGAUCUUUGAUGGAAGCAGAAACUCUCUUUAUGGAAUUGACGUGAUGCGUAAAAUUUGCAACCACCCUGAUCUGCUUGAGAGAGAACAUUCUUUCCAGAAUCCAGAUUACGGGAACCCUGAACGCAGUGGGAAAAUGAAAGUUGUUGCCCAAGUGCUGGAAGUGUGGAGGGAACAGGGUCACCGUGUUCUUCUUUUCACCCAAACUCAACAAAUGCUUGAUAUUCUUGAAAGUUUUUUGGUUUCUGGUGGCUACACUUACCGGAGAAUGGAUGGUAUGACUCCUGUAAAAUAUAGAAUGGCGUUGAUAGAUGAAUUUAACGACUCGGAUGAUGUUUUUAUCUUCAUCUUAACAACAAAAGUCGGUGGUUUGGGUACAAAUUUAACGGGUGCAAACAGGGUGAUCAUCUUUGAUCCAGACUGGAACCCUUCUACUGACAUGCAGGCUAGGGAGCGUGCUUGGCGUAUUGGUCAGACCAAAGAUGUAACGGUUUAUAGGCUUAUCACUCGUGGAACGAUUGAAGAGAAGGUGUAUCACCGACAGAUUUACAAACACUUUCUUACCAAUAAAAUAUUGCAGAAUCCACAGCAGAGACGGUUCUUCAAAUCCCGAGAUAUGAAGGAUCUCUUUACAUUGAAUGAUGAUGAAGAAAGUGGGUCUACCGAAACGUCCAACAUUUUCAGUCAAUUAUCUGGAGAUGUAAAUGUUGUUGGGGCUCAGAACGGUGACCAAGAUAAGCAGAAAUCUGUGAAACUACCAACAGCAAAUGCUGCUGCUGAUGCAGUUGAAAAAGGGAACGAUCCGGAGAUUGGACCAUCCAAAAGGAAGGGUAAAGGAAAAGCUGUCCUUAGUGAUGGCGAAGUUGAUGAAGAUGCGAAUAUUCUUCGGUGUCUUUUUGACGCUCAAGGAAUUCAUAGUGCUAUGAACCAUGAUGCAAUUAUGAACGCCCACGACGAAGAGAAGAUAAAACUCGAAGAGCAAGCUUCCCAAAUCGCUCAGAGAGCAGCAGAAGCACUACGCCAGUCACGAAUCCUUCGACGCCGGGAAAGCGUAUCCAUUCCAACCUGGACAGGAAAAGCAGGAGCCGCUGGCGCACCCUCCUCUUUGCCCCGGAAAUUUGGCUCAACCAUAAAUUCCCAAUUGACCACCAAUUCCAAACCCAUGGAAGAAUCAUCCAGCAAUGGAAUAGCAGCUGGGGCAUCUGCUGGGAAAGCGUUAUCCUCGGCUGAAUUACUGGCAAGGAUACGGAAGACCCAAGAAAGAGCGGUUGGUGAUGUGAUCGAACAUCAGUUCAGUGUGGGUUCUAGUUCUGGUGGUAGAGAGAGAGAUGCAAAUGGUAUGAUUUCUAGGUCAACCAAAAAUUUAUCUGGGGUGCAGCCAGAAGUGUUGAUACGACAGAUUUGUACCUUUAUACAGCAGAGAAGUGGGAGGAGUAGUUCUGCUAGUAUUGUGGAGCACUUCAGGGAAAGGGUGCCCUCGAAGGAUCUGCCCUUGUUUAAGAAUCUUUUGAAGGAGAUAGCCAUUUUGGAGAAGGGUUCUGAUGGGUCUUCUUGGGUUUUAAAGCCAGAGUAUCAACAACAGUGAAGUGUUAAACCUCAGAUUUGUAGGUGAUCUGUUGUUUCUCUUUAUUGCAUAUGUCGAACCAAUUGUUUUGGAAACCCAAUGAAAAAAAAGAAGAGUGGGAAUUGCUCUGGAGCUGCUUCAGUUUUGCUGAUAGCAGAUUUUUGAAGUGGGUUGAAUUUCCAAGAUGAGGACACGAGCGAGCCCGCUGCUCUGGGUUUUGCCCCUUCUCUAUUUUUUAGUUUUGCUAUUGCCUUUCUGCUAAUAUUAUCAAGGCGUCACAAACAUAGGUGAAUGGCUUAUGCUGUACAGAUUUAAUUGAAGGCGUAUGCCUCACUGAUUUUGUAAAUCUUUUAUUUGUGGAUAGAGGCUGAAGGAGAUCAGAGUUAAAUUGUUUCAAAAUGAAUGAAAUCUUUUAUUUGUGGAUA